AAACAAAAUAGGGAUUUAGACUUAAGAAUUACACCAUUAAAGGCAAACCAAAAGGGCUGGUUUUGGACUGAGCCUCGCCGGGCAGGAGGCGGGAAGAGGCCUGGAGAGCGAGGGAGGAUUGAAGCGGGCGCGGAGGGGGCGAGGGCUGACGCAGCGCGAGGAGGACAGGCGGCUGAAGAGACGGGACAGGCCGCUGCCCGGGCCCCAGACGCCUCCUCCUCUCUCCCCCGCUGCUUCCUCACGGGAAGGCCAUGUGCCCGACCGGGCCCUGCCCUGCCCUGCCGUCGGCGGCCGCUGGGGGCUCCCGCCGCCGCGGCGCGGCCCGCCAUUGUCGAGGGCAUGGAGGGCGAGAGCACGUCGGCUCUGCUCUCGGGCUUCGUCUUCGGCGCCCUCGCCUUCCAGCACCUCAGCACCGACUCGGACACGGAAGGUUUUCUCCUUGGAGAUGUGAAAGGUGAAGCCAAGAACAGCAUUACUGACUCACAAAUGGAUGAUGUUGAAGUUGUUUAUACAAUCGAUAUACAGAAGCAUGUUCCAUGCUACCAGUUGUUCAGCUUUUAUAAUUCUGCAGGAGAACUGAAUGAACUUGCCUUGAAGAAAAUACUAUCAGGCUGUAAGAAGAGUGUAAUAGGAUGGUACAAAUUCAGGCGUAACACAGACCAGACCAUGACAUUCCGGGAAAGACUUCUUCAUAAGAAUUUACAGUCUCACCUAUCAAAUCAGGGCCUUGUAUUCCUUUUGUUAACCUCUAGUGUGAUGACAGAAAGUUGUUCUACUUACAGACUGGAGCACGCCUUACAUCGGCCACAAGAAGGUCUUUUCCAGAAAGUUCCUUUGGUUGUUACCAACUUGGGCAUGGCAGAACAGCAAGGUUACAGAACAGUGUCCGGUUCCUGCAUAUCUUCCGGUUUUGUGAGAGCAGUAAGACAACACAGGUCAGAAUUCUUUUACGAAGAUGGAUCCUUACAAGAGGUUCAUAAGAUAAAUGAGAUGUAUGCCACCUUGCAGGAGGAACUGAAGAAAAUAUGCUCUACAGUAGAAGCCAGUGAACGAUCUGUAGAGAAGCUUUUAGCAGAGGUGAGCCAAUUAAAAGAAGAAAUAAAGAGGAAAAAGCAACAAAGUUGUUCGGAAGACAGAGACUACACAGAAGAGCCAAAGGAGAAUGUUCUCCUUUGCCAGGCAAUGCAAACAUUCUUCCCCAAUUCUGGACUUCAGACAUGUAUUGUUUCCUUCAAAGGCCAACAGAUAUCCAAGAACUGCUGUAACAUUGACCAUAAUAUUAAUGUUAUGGACAAACUGACUCUCAUGGUAGAGGAAAGAGACUUCACUGAAGCUGAAACAAGACACCUAACCAAGCGUAAAGUCAGAGGGACCACAACAGGAUCAAAGUCAUUCAAGAAAUCCAGAUCACUGCAGCUUCACCAAAAAUUACUUCAAGACCAAGACAACAGUGACCAGGAAAGGAAGCUUAUGCUGAGUAGCACUGAAACAGAUGAGGACGUGUUGGAAAAAAUUAGAGACACAAAUGAAUACCCACACUCUCCUACUUUCUGAUCUGUUAGCAAUUUGUCCAGAUGACCUUGCACCAAAAGUUACUGCCAGCAUAUUCAAGUGACACAACAAUCUAUAGCACUGCAGGGAUAAAAAAACAGUGCAUUUUUGAAAGACAUACAGGUUUAGGGUUUUUUAGUUUUGGGGGGUUUUAAUGCAGGAAUCCCGUUUGGCAUAGAGACAAGUCCAGAUGACAUUCCCUCAUUUUGCCUUCCAGAGUUAAAUCUGUAUUCGCUCUCUCAGGGUUUAAAGACUAUGCUAGCAGGAUGUUAGCAGUCAUAACCACGUCACAUACUGCCUCAGAGUAAUGCAACUUCCUGUUGUAGUACUGUUGAAGAAGCAGCACUACCCUUUCCUCAGCAGAAGCUGAGGCAGGGAGCAUCAAACGAACACAAGUAACAUGCUUAACAGAAUUAGCUGUCUACAUAAAUUGCCAGUUUAAAUACUUCCAUUUAUCCUUACCUAUCAACUUGUUUCUUUGUUCCCCCCUUCCAACCCAGCAAAGCAAAAACAGACACCUGAACUUUAGCAAGACCUGGGAGCAGAGGAAGUGAUCCAUACAGUUGCCCAUAUCUACUAUUGCUUUCAUCUUUCAUACUUCCUUCACACAAUUUUAGAGACUUGACCAUAAAAAAGCAACUGACAUCCACCCUUCAGUCAGUGAUGCAUUAUGCUAGCCAACCACACUUGCAGUAAACAAGUAUAUAAACAUGAAAAGCAGUUUUAUUGUUUAUUUCUUCAUAGUAUAUUACUCUGGAUACUUGACAUUACAUAUCUUGGGGUCUGUGAGAAACGAUGGGUCCUUAAACAUAACUGGCAUAAAUCCUGUAAAAAGAUAAGAUGGAGGGUUUUUUUUAGUAGGAAAGUAGGCUUGACUUAAACUCAAAAGCAUAAUCAUACUUACCAAAUACAUGAGCUCUUUUAAUGGC